AUUUCGUGAGCUGCGAAUAUUGAGAUAAUUUUGGUUCCGCCAAUUUUCUCAACGGGAUUGACUAAUACUACCAGAAUUUUAUAAACCACCAAUUACAAAACUGAGAUGCGCCGGAAAUAGCUCAACAUCGGGAAAAAUGAUCGCACUUGACUUCCCGACCAACCUUCCACUUCAAAAUUUCCACCGAAAAAGCAGCUUCCUUCUCAGCAGCGGCGGCCAUGCCUACCAAUUGAAGCGCAGGAAGCUGUAUCACUUCGCAUUACUGCCUAACACUUCAAUGUUCGUCGCUUCCACAAGGAGAAAGCGCCAUCGCACGUCAUUUUCAGUUUCCGUCGCGAGUUCGGCUUUCGUUCCGCCGGAGCAACCGCCCGACCCCCAAUCUAAUGAGAAGGGGAAGGAGGAUCCACAAAGGAAGGCUCCAGAUGUGCAGACUUUAGCUAAGAGGUUUUGGAAAGUGGCUGCGCCGUAUUGGUUCUCAGAUGAUAAAGCCACGGCCAGGUGGCGGCUUGCCACUGUUUUCGCUCUCACUUUAGGAACUACCGGGAUAAGCGUCGGCUUCAAUUUUCUUGGUCGAGAUUUCUUUAAUGCGCUUGCCAACAAGGACCAAGAACAGUUCACCAAGCAGUUAGCGUACUACCUGGCGGCAUUUGCUGGUGGAAUUCCGGUUUUUGUUUUGAGAGAUUAUGCAAAAGAUACUCUUUCUUUGAGAUGGAGAUCUUGGAUGACAAGUUUUUAUAUGGAUCGCUAUCUGAAGAAUCAGACGUUUUAUAAAAUACAAUCUCAGUCAAUAAUUGAUAAUCCUGAUCAGCGGAUUGUUGAUGAUUUAAGUGCUUUCACUGGGACAGCUCUUGCAUUUUCCUUGACGCUCUUCAAUGCUUCUGUGGACUUGAUAUCUUUCAGUAAUAUUUUGUAUGGCAUUUAUCCACCACUUUUUGUUGUACUCCUUGCAUACUCACUCGGUGGAACAGCUAUCAGUAUCUUCCUUGGGAGGGACUUGGUGACUCUCAACUUCCUGCAAGAAAAGAAAGAAGCAGAUUUUCGAUAUGGACUUGUCCGGGUUAGAGAAAAUGCUGAAUCCAUUGCCUUUUAUGGUGGUGAGGAAAACGAGAUCCAACUACUGCUGCAGCGGUUUAGCAGUGCAUUUGAAAAUCUAAGUCAAUUAUUGAUAUCAUCAAGAAAUCUGGACUUCUUUACUAGUGGUUACCGGUACCUGAUCCAGAUCCUUCCAGCAGCAGUUGUCGCACCUAUGUAUUUUUCUGGAAAAAUUGAAUUUGGAGUCAUAAAUCAGUCUGUGUCUGCUUUCAAUCACAUACUUGGAGAUGUUUCUCUUAUUAUCUACCAGUUUCAGGCUAUCAGUGCCUUUUCUGCUGUUAUAGAUCGACUGGGUGAAUUUGAUGAUCUUUUAAGUAAGAGCGAGACUAGAAGUGAGACUGACCCUAGUGAAGGAAUUAUUCGUGAGUUUUGCAACAUAAAUGAUUCUAGAGCGUCUAAUGGAUCUAUCCCCCCGGGAAGAGGCCAGGAGUUAUUAAUUCUUGAGAAUUUGACUCUUAUGGCUCCUAGCAAAGCUACUCUUAUUAGGGACUUGUCUCUGGAGAUCUUUGAGAAGGAACAUCUUCUGAUUACAGGUCCUAGUGGAAGUGGUAAAACUUCGUUACUAAGAGCUAUUGCUGGUCUGUGGAGCUUUGGCAAAGGAACAAUAAAAUUCUACGAUAGAUAUGCAAAGGAUUCUUCACCAUGCCUUCCUAAUGAAGUGGCUUCUUCUGAAAUAACUAAAGUGGAUAAAAUGAUAACUGAGUGCGAUAUUCUUGGAAAGAGAAAUGCAAGAGGUGUAUUAUUCCUUCCUCAGAAGCCAUAUAUGGUCCUGGGAACACUUCGUCAACAACUGCUUUAUCCUACGUGGAGUGAUGCCACAACUCCCAAUGCAGAGAGUGCUAGUUCAAAUGGUUCGCCGCCUUUCCUGAAGCUCCCCCAAAACAUGGAUGCAAGGGCAGAGAUGCCUUCAACUGAUGAUCUAAUCCAAGUUCUUGAAGAUGUUCGACUUGGAUAUAUAUUAUCCCGGUUUAGUCUGGACAGUACAUAUGAGUGGUCUAGUGUUCUGUCCAUUGGUGAACAGCAACGCCUGGCAUAUGCUCGCUUGUUGCUUUCAAAGCCAAAUUUGGUUCUAUUGGAUGAAUCAACUAGUGCUCUGGAUGAAGCCAAUGAGGCACAUUUGUAUCAGCUAAUUGAAGCUUCAGGGAUCACUUUCGUAAGCAUUGGCCACAGAAGGACACUCUACGAACACCAUAAGAAUGUUUUACAUAUAUCCCCAUUGGAUACAACAGAUAGCGGGCCCAACUGGCGUUUUGAGCUGCUGAAUAAGGAUUCAGUGUACAGUCUGUCCAAAACGUAAAACGAAGCCCAUUCAAGUUUGAUCCGGGUAUAAUCAGGAAUAACAAUCGAAGGUCCCAAGUAAACAAUUCGGACCCCUCUAUCUUUCAAUAUAGGUAGCUUGCAUUCUAGUUAUGCCUGUGUGAAGUAGUGCUGGUGAAGUAUUUGAUGAUAAAAAGCAGGCUGCAAAUUUGAGGAGUAUCCAUAUUCCAUGCAUGUUCAUGCCCUCAUAAAAAAUGAAGUAGAUAUGGUUGUCUAGGCUAGCAAAGCAUUAAAAGCUGGAGGGGGAAAUGAUCCAUGCAUGUGUAUUAUAUGUGUACCUUGGUAUUUGAAUAUUGUUUUGUUGAAGAAUAGAAGUUUCUCA